AUGACGGAGUACACCUCCGACCCGGCUGCUGUGGCGGCCUAUUACGCUGCCCGGGCCAGGACGACAAACUGGAUUCAGGGGGUGUCGCCAAACGCCGAACGCCCAUCGGCGCCUCCAUCGCUCGUCGACGACACCGACGAUGGACUCUCUUCUCCUUCUCCCGAGUCCGACUACGAGAGCGACCUGAGUCUUCCUCCUCGCAUGACGCUCAAAUACCCGGACGGGCGGUUAGUUUCCAUCGGCCCAAGUAGGGAGGAGCGUGAAAGAGUUGAACGGUUGAGGAAGGAGCGCGAGCGGGAACGGCUGGUGGGGACAACAGGCGGCGUCGGAGGUAGUGGAAAGGGCAAACAGCGGGCGUACGAGGGUGCAAGUCCGCUGUACGUCCCGCCGCCGCGCGCUCACGGUGGGGCCGAACCGGAGCCAAUUGCCAUUCAGCCGUCGCAUUCACCGUCAUCCUCACACUCGCACAUUCCGGCGCAACCCAGUGCCUACUCAUGGCGACAAGCACCGUACGCGCCGUAUCCGCCGUCGGCUUUCGCACCGGCACCAGCUUCAACGCGGUCACAUUACCCGCCUUUGCCCGCAUCUUCCGCGUCACGACCCCCGACGUCCUACCAUCCGGCACAAGCCCAAUCCUCUUCGCAUCACAGCGUGGUACCACCCUCUCCCUACCAGUCUACGCGCUCCAGCGCUGUCUUGUCACAUGAAGGCACCAUCAUACCCCAUGCCCCCUCGCAGCAUACUCAGAUGGGUGGCGCGCCGUUGGUCGGCGGGUCGAGCGCGCGCUCCAUACAUGGUUAUUCCUCGCAGUCGCAGAUGAAUUUCAUUCCUCAAGCACAGGCGCCAUCACAUUCAGGCUCUCGAGCGGCCACUUUCACCUCGCAGCGCUCUCACCAUAGUCACUCGCAGUCGACUCCAAUCGUCUCGCCCUCUCCAGUGUACGCCUUUGAAGCCGAGAAGCAGUCAUCUUUGCUGGAGCCUCCGCACGGGCAGCAUGUGGUUCCUGACGAGCCAGAAGACAUCCAUGCCCACGAUCAGGGUACGCCAGUACCUAGAGACACGACACCCAUUCUCGUGCAUAGGACGCCACCCGCCAAACCAAGGAGUCUACGUGAUGCGCCAGCCCCUGAUGCGUAUCAUCCUCGCCAGGCCACUGCAUCCGGAUCGGCGUCUCAGAAAUCGGCACGUUCCGCGUCUCGACACAGGCGCCACGUUUCGGCGCCCUUGGAAGGGCCACCACCAGCCGCGAGCUCGGCGCGCUCGGCGACUCGAAAGCCACCUGCCAUCAUAUACGCCGCCUCAAACGCGGAUGGCUCUUACGAGCAGUUCGCACCUCCGAGGAUCAUCCCUCGCUCCCAACUUUCCGCUGCCUCUCGCUCGCAGCCGCACCUAGCGAGCGGUUCGGGGUCCAUGAAUGAUCGCAGCCCGCCGCGUGUGGCGCCUUCAAUAUCGGACCCGUUACCAGUGCCACCACCGCCUGCUGGGCCCAGUCAGCCUGCCAACGCCCCGAUGCCGCAAGGACGAUCUUCACAUUCUCACUCAAGUGGUCACCGAUCCAAGCGCACCAGCCGUUCCCGCGAGAAAACAGAUGGAUGGGAAAGAAUCCGCGCAUCUCGAGUGCCGAGACCCGAAGAGCUGCCGCCCGACCCAGUUCCUGCGUCGCCAUUCGCCUUUGCGCGGCUACCGCGAUUGCCUGGACGUAACCGUGCUGCGCCAAUACCACCACCGCCACCGCCACCUCCUCCUAGACCACACCAAGCUCCGCGUCCGCCUCCACACCCGCAUGUGCCAUCGUCGCAGGAAGGCGAGCUCAGGCGAGGGCGUCGUUGGAGAAAGGUGCCUUCCCCAAACGAUGAUGACGGUCAAGAGAGCGAAAGCAGUGGAAGUACCUAUUACAUUCUGCCGAGUCCCGGGCAGAAGGUCUACGUCGUCGAGCCACCGGAUGAUUUUGACCUCGCGCAUUACCAAGUACCGCCGCCAGAAUGGGAGCAUCGUUCGCACACGCUACCUCGCCGCUCAUACCAACCAACACCAUCAACACCGUCCUCGUUUUCACAACUAUUGCACGGACCUACCAUCGCGCCAGCUCCGCCACACGCGGUUGCACCUCCUCCGGUUCUGUCAGGUUCGGCACCCGCCCUACCUGUCCCGCCUCCUCAUACAAAUGCGUUCACGAGCAUGCGCAAUCGCCUAUAUGCGCCGCUCGGCAUGCAGCGCUCGCGUUCGGGUGGCGCUGCAAAUGUCCUAGCCGCUCCUGUGCCACCGCCGCCCAUUUUGGCAACCGAGAUUCAGGUAGGAGGACGAGUGUGGUGGACAAGAGCAAAGCUGACAGCUGACAGGUCCACUUUCCUACAUCGCCUGGCGCGCUUUUGGCAAUCACUUUCACCUUUCCGUCCCUAA